AUGGCGGACGAUCAGAUUUCAUUGCCGUACUUUCUGGCGAUUCUAGUGGUCUCGGGUCUGAUAAUACGAUAUCUGUUCUUCGGAGGCCCGUCGCCACCUCAAGCUACGCGCUCCCCCGAGGCAUUUAUGAGGUCAAGAGAGGUCGCUGUAGAGAGGAUACAGCAGAUGUUUCCCCAGGCGGACAGACGGAGUAUUCUUUGGGAUCUGCAACGAAACGGAGGAAAUAUCCAGAACACUACGGAGCGCAUCUUGGCCGGCCGAUUAGACACGCCCCCGAUCACCUUCCAACCACCGCCUCCUCCCGGUCAAUCCGCCGCCAGCGCCAGCGCAGCAACGGCGCCCCGACAACCGGAGAAGCCGGCGCAGCCCGACCUGAUCACGCGGUACAAUCUGAAGAACAAGCUGGACACCACGCCGUCCAGCGAGCAGGAUACUCAGGGCAAGGGCUGGAGCUCGAACCGGGACGAGCGCCAGGCUUCGCUGCAGCGCCGGCGGGACGAGAUGAUUCUCGCGGCGCGGAGGAAGAUGGAGGCCAAGAUGGCGGCGGAGAAGGCGGGCCACUGA